AUGUUGUGGCGCGUGUUCCUUUGUGUGGGUGUGGGAGGUGUGUACGCGCAGUUCAGCCAGGGACUGAAUCAUUUGAGGUUUGGCUGCUCGCAGCUUACAAUUGAGCGACUUGAUCCGCUAGUGAAUCCGGGGAUGAUUGGGACGCCACACACGCACCAGAUCAUCGGUGGGAAUGCUUUCAACGCCACGAUCGCGAGCACGGAUGUGAGUAGCCUUGCGACGUGCACGACGUGUGGGCCUGCGGAUGAUAGGAGCAACUACUGGACCGCGAACGUGUACUUCAAAGCCCGAAACGGCACUUUCAAGCGCGUCCCCCAAAUCCCAAACCGCUUCCUCUUCAACGACAAGUUCACCACACAAACAGACGGCGGCGUCACAGUGUACUAUAUCGCGCCCAAGAAGAAUGUCGUCACCGCCUUCAAGCCCGGCUUCCGCAUGCUCGUAGGUGACCCCAUGCGCCGCACCAAAAAGUACAAGAUGCAGUCCUGCUUCCGUUGCUACUCGGGCCCUAACUUCGGCGGCGACAACGCCGCGCCGUGCUCGGAUGCGAAGCUCGACUUCGAGGGGUUCCCACCGCAGCCGUGCCCCGGUGGGAUUCGCUCGAAUAUUUUGUAUCCGACGUGCUGGAAUGGGAAGGACUUGGAUAGCCCAAAUCAUCAAGAUCACGUGGCAUACCCGACGAAGGGGCCAGCAAACUUCUUGUCGACGGGAGACUGCCCGGCGAGUCAUCCGAUCAAGAUUCCGCAGCUUAUGCUGGAGAUUGUUUGGGAUACGACGGCUUUCAAUAACAAGGCUGACUGGCCGGCGGAUGGGUCGCAGCCUUUCUAUCUCUCCACCGGUGACAACACUGGGUAUGGCCAGCACGGCGACUACGUCUUCGGCUGGAAGGGAGACGCGCUCCAGCGGGCUAUGGAUGAUAAUGGAUGCUUCAGCGCGACAUGUGGGAAGCAGGUCAGUCAAGACAUCUCGGUGGCGAAGCAGUGCAAGAUUCCCAAGACUGUGAAGGAGGACGUCGAUGGUUGGCUGACCCAGUUACCUGGGAACCCCAUGAUGAACUGA